AUGAAGCGGGACGAGCUUCUCAAGUCCGGCCUCCUCAGCAAGCGAGACAAGGUCGACUUGGCCGAGAGUGUCAACUACAUUCUCGUCUUGCUCCGAGAGGGUGACGACUCUGCCGACCCCUACCAGGACGAGGUCGACGCCGUUGCCGACCCUUCUCAAGUCCUCGGCUAA